UGUUGUGGAUCUCUUUUCCAUGUUGGCUAAUAUUUGGACCCCUCCAGGUUCCCAGUUGGCAGGGAAGGGUGGGGAAAAUGGGCUAGUCCAGCUCACUUUCAAAGUGAGCUUCAGUGGGCUGUUGUUUAGUGGAGAUGUUGCGAUACACCACCAGCUGAGCCACGCACAGCCAUGAGCAGUCUCCAUGCAACCCUGAGGACCUCCAGGGACAAGAUCCUGAAGUGGCUGAAGGGCUGAAAUUACACCAGUCACAUCAGUGCUGUGCGUCUGUUACCCAUCUGUCCAUGGGGAAGGGCUUUUUCACACCGAGUCUGGAGUGUGAAUUCCAGGGGAGCCCAGCUCCUACCAUUUUGUGAGUUCCUGUGAUGAAGUGGCAGACAAAGAAGGAAGGUGUUCCUGCAGAGGUGGGCAGAAGCCAAAUUUCAGUAUUUGGCCUCUGCAGCCAAAGGAGCAUCUGCCCAUUGGCUACAUGUGCUGUGUCCUCAGGGGAUAGCCAUCCCUCAACAGUCCCUAAUAUUUGCAAAGUGCUCUGAGAUCUUUCAGUGAAAGGCCUUGUAGAUGUGCAAUGGUUUAUAGCCCUUCUCUGACCAUUGCUGAUUUUAGAGGGUUAAGUUAGGAACAGGAAAUAGAGUGACUAAAGGAAAGCCAUUAAUAUUAAAUUCUACCCUUUGCCAGAUAGUCUUGUGUUAUCUUUGCUCUUUCAUGAAAUAUUUUCCAGUUUUCCUUGCAGGGCAUUCUUUACAGGGGUAGCAACUGAGGAGCUGUAACUUGGCACAUCUCCACCUGCUUUUCUGUAGCAGUGCACAUUUGUGCUCUGGGAUUUGAAGAAUUUCCUUUGCCUCUAGAAUUGAUAUGCAAACAGUCAGCUGUACAGACAUCAAUCUGUCCAGUAGACAUGCUAUGUGAGCUAAGAAAUAAUACAGGUGGUCAGCACCAUGCUGGUGACUCCUGAAUUUCUGGAGCAAACAGACUCAUUUUACUAUGUCUAGAAGACGGGAGGUCCUGUAUACACCCUCCAGUAAUGUAAUCUGCUGUGCUUGACUGAUCACAAAACACUCACCAAGACUUCCCUAACAAAAUUCUCAUUUUUUGCCAAGGAAAGCAAAGAUUUGAAGGAAAUGAGAGCCAUGACCUUACCACCUCACAAAUAGCUUGGAGAUCUCAAGAUGCUCAUCUCAGCAGAGAUACUCGUGCCAGAGCAAACGUCGAGCCCUGUGUGGUCAGUGCACAGCUCUUCCAGCAUCCCUUUCUUUAUCUCCUCCAACAGACAUCAGCUCCGUUGUGAUAAAAGCAGAAGUGGGACAACGAAGUCUUCUCCUGCCUGUUUGCUGUGUUAUGAUUUUAGCACUCCAAGAGGCAGCACAAGGUCCUGGCACAGCUCCCCCAGGACCCUGGCAGAUUUAAAGGCCGUGCAUUGUGGCCAACAUGCUCCCAUGCACCUACAUACCACGUUGAAAGUCUCCUCAUGGGCGUGACCCCAGAAUCAACUUCUCAUGAAGGAGACCAUGGUGAAACUCCCUUCUUACAUCUAGCCCGUGGACCUACAAAGUCUUCCCUUCGAGGUCAUGGAUCAAGUCACAAUUAAUGAUGGCCCUGGUGAUUUAUGAAUUGCAAUUUUUACUCCUGCUAGUUCCUGGAGAGUUGGGAACCAUCAGAUUCCAGCCUGAGCAGCUGUAGCCUGAGCAUCAGUUAGCACCGACGAGCAACGUGUGCGUGGAUGUGGAAACCAGCCCAUCUCUGGGCAGGGGAGUUAAUUGAAUACCAGUGCAAGAGAGACUGGAAAUGCUUUCUGUGAGUUGCACAUGAAGUUAUUAGUUUCCCAAGGGUGGAAGGCAGACUAUCACUGAGUGAUCAGAAAUCCAACUAACAGAUUUUACUGCAGAGCUUAGAAGGCUGCUUAGAGAGACGCAAAGAAAGGCACAAGGAAUAUGUGUCUGGCACUUGCAACUCUUCUGAAGUGAGCCUGAAAAAAGAGGGACAAAACCAAAGUGAUGAAGAGAACAGCAAUUCUGGGUCUGAGCAAGAGUUUACAGGAUUCACAGGGACAGAAGAGGAGAGCCCUGUUCUAGAUUAUGCUGUCUUUGGAAAGCCCCAACCAAGACCUUCAUUCAAGUUUUGUCUCUUUAUCCCAAAUUGAUUGACUCUGACGUUCCCUGGGAAGGAGUUUGCAUCACUGUGAAUGCUGACUGGACACAUUGCUACUUUGGAUUAUGCAAAAAUGAACGGAUUUUCUCAUUUCUGUUGCCCUCUGCGUUGAUGUUAAGUCAGGGUUAGGAGGACUUCUUCCUGAAAUUCAGAGGACGUAUGACCCUGAUGUUGGUUGAGUGUAUGUGAUGACUGAACCAUUCAGCUCCCAGACAGACUUCAGUUGUUUGGGGCUCUGCAGCUCUCACAAUUUAUCUGCUAACAACAAAAAUAUGCUUAUUAUUUGGAAUGUUUACAUCAUCCAUGCAGCUGGCCCAGAGCCAACGUCAGCUCCCCUACAAAACUGACAUUUAUUUCUAGUUAAGAAUUCUCAUAUUCUUCGUCCUGACCAGAGUUUGCAUCAGUGGAGCUGCAGCAUGGCAAAGCCACUGGAAAGGAGUAACAUUUGCAGUAACAAAGCCACUCAGGAGACGUGUCCCUCAGUCCAUGGGGGGACCAGGUCUGAAAUGAUGUUAUCUGCUGAUCACUCACGUGCCACCCGCGUGUCUCUGGUUUGAACAAACCUGGCAGUUGAGCUUGGAGGACCAGGAGGGAUAAGCUGUUCGGAGGUGUGGAGUUGAGGAAGUGGUUCAGGAAAGGCCAGGGAGUCAGCAAAAGCUGCUGGGAAGUGACACAAGGCUGAACUUCAGCUGUUGCAACUGGAAAGAUCCGCAGGGGAUGCUCACACUGGAAAAGCCUGGAAAAAGCAGAUAGGAUCAGCUGGAAGACUUUCUGGACAGACAGGAAGGAGGUCAGCACGUGUCAGAGAGAAACCUGCAGAUUUGUCUGUUCAGGGAUGUUUAAAUCUUGGUGACAGAUUGCCCAUUCCUGAUCAACUGAUGCCAGUCGAGUACUUCAUGCUCACGACUUGUGUAGACAGAUCCGAGAAGGGAAAUGAUUGUGCCGGUGUAGAAGAUGAGGCUGAAUGAGAGCCGGACGAGAUCCUUCCAGGCUCCUGUCACCAUCCACAGCUAUCCAGGCAGGCAGGUGUACGUGUUUCCCGAUGGCCAAUCUGACUCAGAGGAGUCAUCAGAGGAGGAACUCAAUGUCAUGGAACUGCGGCCGAGGGGCAAAGAGCAGCAGCGAUGCAGCACUUCUCGGGACAGAGUCGGAGAUGUGGUACUUCUGGAACGAGAGAUUACAGAGGAUGAUAAUCUUAACAAGCUAGCCCUGCAGUACGGCUGUAAAGUUGCAGAUAUCAAACGCGUCAACAACUUCAUCCGGGAGCAGGACUUGUACGCCUUGAAGUCCAUCAAGAUCCCGGUGAAGCCCCACGGGCUGUUAACGGAGACCGGCGGGGAGCUGAGGCCGCUCCCCACUGCGCCCUCCCGGAGCGGGCUGACGCUGGUGGACUUACCGGAGCCGGAGGAGGGUGCCAGCAGCUCCGCUGACGGCCGACACCUGAGCGACUACUUCAAGGGGAUAGACGAGAGCAUUCGGGACGCGGUGCGGGCGGAGGUGCAGCUAAACGCCGAGUUCUGCGUGGAGACCCCGGAGAGGCCACUGCCCGAGCCAGGGAAGCGGGAGAGCAGUAACGGUGCAGACUGUGGCAUCCAGUGGUGGAACGCGGUUUUUAUUAUGCUCCUGAUCGGAAUUGUCCUGCCAGUAUUUUAUAUCAUCUAUUUUAAAACACAAGGCCUGGUGGCCCAUACCUCCAACACAACACUAACCUCAAAUAUUUCAGCAGAUGGAUUGGAAGGGAAAUUACCACAAAGCUCAGUUGUAGGAAAAAAAUCCUAAGGAUGGGGGGGAGGGAGAUGUAGCCACAUGCAGCCUCCCCUCCCGGCGGAGGCCCGUACGCCGGUGACUGACUCGAGUGCUUUCAGGGGGAUAACGAUCCAGAUUAUUUUUAUUUUUUUAAGUAGCUGAUGUUGUAAUCCUGAACGUGACUGAAAGUGAGGUGAUGUGAUUUUUUUUAAUGAAAAAAAAAAGAAAGGAUGUUGCUUAGGAAGAUGAUGGUCAGGCAGCUGGCUUACCAUUUGUGAACUCUGGAGAGGGAAAGCAUUUUGUAGCAAUUUACUCAUCGUGUUUGCUUCAGGUAUUUCUUAAUGCCUUGUCUAGGAAGCAAAUCCUUUGCUGCUGAGAUGAAGAGUGCAGUAUUAAUGGCAAACUGGGGGUUGUUUGCAUUUUAAGGAAACACUUUUUUUGCUUAGAGUAGAAGCAGGGAUUCCUCUUUUUCUCUGAACUAUCAUUUUAUCUCUUGCAGAGCGUGGCAGUGGUGGUGUCUCUAACCCUAGAUGUGUGACCGCUGGUGUGUUGUCAGCUGUGCCACGGCACCUCACCUUUUCAUCCCUAUGAGCAAAUGCGCUAAGGUGUUUGUUGGGGUGCUUCAAGCCCAGCUCUGGGAAGGGUGAAACCAGUUGUCUGCUCCUCUCUGAAACCCUUCAGAGAUGUCUCCUGAAGUGCAGUGUGUGUCACUCACUGCAGAACCCCUGCUUUUGCCAGGGAAGGGCCCCCUCCAGAGCCCACACGGCCACAGAUGGCCGGCGCGUACUGGAGGAGGCUGGGAGUGUCACUGCGCCUUGCAAAGGAUUCUUUGUUGGAGGAAGGUUGAGUCAGUGUUACUUUAAAAAAAACAAACCUAUCCAUCUCAAAUACCUAAUUUCAUCAUGGAUUGGAGUUCCUUGGUUGCAGGAGUCAAGUGAGGGAGCACCGCUAAGCCGCAUUUAAAUUGCAAAGUCCAGGAAAGAAGCCCUGCCUCACCUUAGACAGUGACAGAAAGAAAUGUAAGUCCCUUAUAGGAUGGGGACUGCGAAGCUGCUGCACGUUAAGAAUUUCUGUGACCUCCUGAUGCUGCAUUAAACAGCCUCUGAGUGAGCAGGAAAGCCCCGUGAAGCUUCAGAGGCUGGUGGUGCCCCAAGCUGUGGGUAAGCCUGAGGUCCGGGCUGUUCGGGAUGCGUCAGUAAACACUAUGUGCUAGAGGGGAGCAGGAAAGGAGACUUUGGGGCAUUUUGCUGCAAAGGAGAAUGUGCCUCAAAAAUUUUAAUUCAGCCGAUUCGGGAACUGCAGGCAGAGGUAGACACUCUCUAGACCCAAAUGCUACGGUCUGUUCAGCUCAGGAGUGUGGAGCCCACCCGGGGAUGGGGCAGGGUGUGAGGGAAGCAGCUGGAAGCCACGCUCUGUGCGGGAGGGUCCCAGCCCUCGUCCUUGGUGAGGCUGGAGCAGCGCGGCCGUGGAGGGCGUGAGGGGCUGGUUUGGGCUUUUGGUGCCUUCAUUCAGCUCCGCAGGUGCUGCAGGGAGACACGGUGCUGCCCCAGGCCCGAGGGAGAGCAGCCAGAGGUGGGAGCCCAGGACCCCAGCAACGCCAGGGGCACCACGCCCAGCACCCUGUGAUGUAACGAAAAAAACCUGCUUUUCCUGGAACUGUCAAAAAAAAAGUGCUCAGGAAAGCCUGAGGAAACCUAAUUUUGUAAAUGAGGACUUUAAAGUAUCUUAUACUGAAAAAAAAGACCCAAACCAAACUUGUAUUUUUUCUUCUGUGAAGGAAAUGUUUCUCUCUUUUUCAGGGUGGGGGCGGGCUAUGACAUUUUUAAAUAAAGCAAAAAUGAAAUAAAAGCACAAGGGGCACCAUCCAACCCCC